UCGCGGCGAACGUUUCGCGCACUCUCUCUCUCUUUCUCUCACUCUCUGUCGGCUUAGACGUUCGCGAUUGUGAUUUUACCAGGACUCAAUCACUGAAAGUGAUAUGGACUGACGUUUCAUGAUAAAUUUUCGUUGAAAUGUUACACGAUUCGUAAGGUAGGACAAUCGUUCGUGAACUGCUUUUUGAUUUGAAAUAAAGGUCUUAGAUUAUUUCUACAUUGAUCGCCAACUUGUCAUUCUGUUGUAACGCUGAAAGAAAAAGUUAUCGCGUAAUAAGCCAGUAAUAGUGCAGUUUUUACCAUCGGCGUCUCUGAUUGUUUGCCAUUAUUCCGUAUCCUUUUUUUUGGAAUGCGCGACACUAACUCGCAUUAUGUACUUCAGUUUUUCGAUAAAAUACGAGCGUCGCGUAUUAUUAAUCCGGGAUUGAAAACAUUUGUCAAGCUUUGUUUAAUAGCGUAACGAUAUGCGGAUGAAAGUGUUUACUUUUAGUAAAAUAUUCUUCUUUUGUUUCGUCGACGUUUAACAAACAAAAUUGUAUUUUGACGAGAUACACGAGAAAUCGUUGAUUUUCAUUUUAACGGUUGCAUCCUCGAACAAUAAUCGUCUUCCAGUGAAAUCGAUAUCCGUUGAACAAUCUAUCAGUGACUGUGACAGUAAAACUACCCUAAUGGGAAAUUAAGCUGCGAGACAGCCAUUUACAUUAAAAAAAAACAGACUGAUUCCUUCAUCUUCAUUACCCUGCAAGCUUUUUCUCUUCUAUUUUUCAAGCGGUGACCUUCAUCAAGUUUAUCAAUUCGGUUUUUCAUCAAGCAGUUCCUUUGAUAACGCAAAGUAGUUGCUUAGAAGUCGAAUGGCUCAAAUAAUUUUCCUAACAGUAGUGUGCGUAAUACUCUGAUGUAAUAGAUUCAAGAGAAGUAAGAAGCAAUAAUGGGUUGCUUAAUUAGAAGAAAAAAAGGCAUCAAUUUUUUCGUUAGUGUGAACCAAUUGGAUUAAAGUUUUAUUAGGGUGCAAAAUGCGUAUCAUUGGCGUUCUCAAAAGUUACGACGCCUCGUCAGCUCCCACUGAAGUAUGCAAUCUCAUCACCAGUCAAUCAAUAUGUAUGUCAAAGAUCAAUGACGCACGCCAUAUCUCUAAACGACGGGUUUAAAAAGGAAGGCUCGAUGGCUGGCCUUGGGGUAAGUAGAUGGGGGUCGAGAUUGUGAUGGAGAACGCGACAGUACAGUUCGCCGAGUCGAACACCUCGCAGCCGUACGUCAAUCAAACGCAAGUCGAUGAGGAAUACGUGCUCGACUGGAUAGAUUUAGUUCUCGCUGCUUCUUUCGUCAUUCUCAUCAUCAUUACAAUCGUGGGCAACACACUGGUAAUAGCCGCGGUAAUAACGACGAGGCGACUGCGGUCUGUCACUAAUUGUUUCGUGUCGAGCCUAGCGGCGGCCGAUCUGUUGGUCGGUCUGGCGGUCAUGCCGCCAGCGGUCCUUCUGCAGCUGAACGGCGGCACAUGGGAGCUCGGCCAAAUUCUCUGCGACUCCUGGGUCUCGCUGGACGUGUUGCUCUGUACGGCGAGCAUCCUCUCUCUCUGCGCAAUAUCCAUCGACAGAUAUCUCGCGGUAACACAACCACUAGUCUACACUCGACGUCGUCGUAGCAAACGACUAGCAGGUCUGAUGAUCAUAGCAGUGUGGAUUAGCGCAGGAGCAAUAACAUCUCCACCACUUCUCGGUUGCUUUCCACGAGCGCGAAACUCGAUCGAGAUUGAAAAAAAAUGUUCAUACAACAUGGACUCGUCGUACGUAAUAUUCUCAGCGAUGGGCAGCUUCUUUCUACCGAUGCUCGUGAUGCUUUACGUUUACGGGCGAAUAUCUUGGGUGAUUGUCAAACGCAAUCGAAGUCUCGAAGCGAGUGAAGUUGCCGAUGCUAAAGGACGUAGCCCGACGGCCAACGAACUUUUGACAAAUGGUCCGAGAAUGCAUCGACGUACCUUCCGUAGGAAUUUACCUUUGAGUACCGAAUGCAAUAAAAAGAUCGUUACCAAAACAUCAGCUCACCUAGUCUUAAGUUCUCGACUAUCAGCAGCCUCGGUAUCCGAAGGCGGGGUCAGUGAAGUGAUACCAGCUGAUACGAUAACAAAAAAACCAUCGACACUGAGUGUACCGUGUAAUCAGCAACACGACCAAUCAACGUCAACGAGUAGCCCAUGUAAACGACCAAUCAGUCGGGUUGGCACUUUACGCACACAUCAGCAUAGCUGCAUCAAUCGGGUAACGAGAGAAACUAAAACUGCCGGUACUCUGGCGGUAGUCGUCGGUGGUUUCAUCGCCUGCUGGCUGCCUUUCUUCAUUCUCUACCUGGCCACACCGUUCAUACCUGUUGAGCCACCUCAGCCGCUGAUGCCUGCCCUCACUUGGCUUGGCUGGUUCAACUCGGCGAUCAAUCCGUUUAUCUAUGCGUUCUACUCGGCGGAUUUUCGCAUGGCUUUCUGGCGACUUACCUGCCGCAAAUGCUCACGUGGCAGGUAUGACUCGAAUCAGCCGGAAAUGCAAAGCCGUACGGCCGUCAUUUGGAGACGGCAAACGUCGAGAUAAUGAGUUUUGUAUUCAGAUGAGGAAGUUAUCCCAGCGAUGUUGUUGAAUAUAACUUCUUCACUGUCCGACCCACCCGACGAUACUCCUUGUACUAGAUUCUAUUUGGCUGAAUGCGUCAGAACUUUCCCCAAGGAUUUUAUAGAGAUGUUUAUUACAUUAAAUGAGAGGAUAUUUUGGAGACCGGUGUUCAAGAUGAGUAGUGGCACUUGUGGAACUUUAUCAGGGUACUAAUUUCAAGUUUUGACUGAAUGAGAUUGAUAUUCAGCACAUAAUACGAAGAUUCUAUUCAUCUCUUUAUACGAUCACGUAUAGUUCAAGAUGAAGGCUGAUAGUUAUUGUUAAUUCGAUGCUAAUAACAGAAUAAAUGCUUAAAUAAAGUUGACGACUGCUUGAACGCCUUUUAUUGCACGAAUGGAUGAUAAUUGGCUCUUGGCAUGCCGCUGCUCCAAUUUCGCGUCUUCAGAAGUUGGGUUUUGGGAAGCCAUCUGCCGAUGACUGUAAACGUAAUUGGAAAACUUCUCUCAAGCAAUAUCAUCGAGAAAUUUUAAUCAAGUGUCUUCACCAAAAUGAAUGCCUUGCUUGCAGCCCUUUCUCAUUUACAUGUACACUAAAUACAUAGUAAAUGUUUUGCAUUGGAUGCGAAGGUCACUGUACUUGACUUGUAUCUAAAAUUUUCAACAACAAUCAGAGAAGGAAUGAUCAAGGGCCUUUGAGUAUUCACAGAAUUUCGAUAGACUUAAAAUUUUAUAUUCCAGAAACUAUCCUUCGUUAUAGAAACUUUCUUAGAUUUUGAAGGUGAAGUCGAGAAUUGAAAAGCACGCGUAUGCGACAAGAAAAUUCAUCGUCUCGUUGCUUUUACUUGGAGAUAACUGCCGAAUUUCAAAGAGAGCCUCAUUAAAAUGCUCGACGGUGCGGCAACAAGUCUUAUUGCAGGCAUUUCUUUGCUAGUACGUCAGCCUGCAUGACAUUACCGAUAGUGUGUUCACAAAAAGAAAAUAUCUUGGAUGCCGCUUCAUUGAUUUUCUGUAUUAUUGUGCUGUAUUGAAAUAAUAUUGAUACAAAUCACAGCGGUCACCGGGAUGCUCCUAAUAAACGCGAUAUUUUGCAGCCCCGAGCUGGACCGACUGACGCAAGUAUGCCGCUGGACGCAUCGUUGUCCAAGUUCGAUUUAAGCGAGCCGCAGUCGUUUUCGUUGAUCUCACCGCGGAGCACUGGUAUCUUCUCAAGGAGAAAAAUCAAAUAAGCUAGAGCCCACCAAAGAAAGUAAAAAAUCAUCGGCCCCUGAAAAGUCACGACGCGCCGUGAGCUCUUGGCGGGAAGCUCGAUGGAUGUCAGCGUGGUUGUAUUUGUCGCGGCUUGGCUUAUUAUGGUAAUGGACAACGUGACUUUGUUGUUCGACGAGUCGAACGCAACAAUCUGGCAACCCGUUAAUCGUACUCAGCUCGACGAAAACUUUUCACCCGACUGGAUUGACCUUUCGCUCGCUGCCUUCUUCUCCGUUCUCAUUAUUA